AUGGCCGAGUUGAGCCUAACUAAACUUGCCAAAAAGGCGAACGCGGGAAGGCUGGCUGCGCGGCGAAGGGCGGAAAAGAUUCGGACUGCUGAAUCUCAAUCCCAGUCCUCCUUGCCUGUUAUCAAAGGGACGGCAAAGAAUGGAAGUGCCGAGGCGGAACCUUUUGUGCAGGCAAGUGUACAGGCUGAGCAAUGGUUGGAGAGACGCCCUGCCGAUGUCGAUGCCGACUUAGAAAAAGACCGUGUCGACAAACGACCUCACUUGGAUGAGUCGGAUGUGAUUGUGCCUUUUGUUAUUCAGCCUAAGAUAAAAAAUACGCCGAUCUCUUGCGAUGCUUCAGUGAUCAAAGAUCCAGCGGUUGCACUCAGAUUGGCGACGUCUGUUUCGCUACCUGCUGACAAGGCGGCUUUUCGGGAGGAGCCUGAUCUGGUUACAAUUGGGUUGGCCGCGCAAUCGGCUCUUUUGGCCGUCGGAAGGAUAGUCGACAUGGGCCGUUGCUAUCACGAUGCCGUCGAGCUAAUUGGCCAUUUACAAGCGAAGGUUGAGGGCCAAAGGAGUAAGGCGCAGUCAGAGGGUGCCCGUGCCGAGGUCGAGACGAAGAGAGCCCGUAAUGUCGAAGAAUUGAGAUCGGUCGCCAAGAAGAGGGCGGAUGCAAGCGAUGAUGCGCUAAAGUUGGCCCAGGAGGCGAUCUCUAAAUUGGAAGCUGGGUUGGAAGAGAUGAAGGCGGCGAAGGAAACAGCCGACCUGAAGGCUUCCAGCGCAUUCGAUGUUGGGAAAAAAUCAGCUUUUGAUGAAUAUAUGGACGAAGUUCCCAAACAAAGACUUGCAUUUCGUGGGCAUGAUGAAUCUGAAAAUUUAAGUAACCAAGGACAUUUUCUUGAACUUCUCAAGUUUCUUGCUGAUCAUAAUGAAGAUGUCAAAGUGGUUGCAUUGAGCAAUGCUCCACAAAAUCUCAAGUUGACAUCUCCUGAUAUUCAAAAAGACAUUGUAAAUGUGGCCGCAUUUGAAACUAUCAAUGUGAUUAUUAGAGAUCUUGGAGAUGCACUUUUUUCUAUUUUGAUUAAUGAAGCCCGUGACAUGUCAAUCAAGGAGCAAAUGGCAAUUGUAAUACGAUAUGUUGACAAAAAAGACCAAGUGAUUGAACACUUUUUGGGUAUUAAGCAUGUUGCUAAUAUGAAUGCUCUCUCACUCAAACAAGCUAUGGUAAAUUUAUUCUCCAGACUUGGAUUGAGUAUUUCCAGAUUGCGGGGUCAAGGAUAUGAUGGGGCUAGUAAUAUGCACAGUGACUUCAAUGGUCUUAAAACACUUAUACUGAAAGAGAAUCUUUGUGCAUAUUAUGUUCAUUGUUUUGCUCAUCAAUUACAAUUGGCACUUGUAGUUAUGGCAAAGAAUCAUAAUCAAAAUGCUUUACUUUUCACUUUGGUUUCUAAUGUGGUGAAUGUUGUUGGAGCAUCAUGUAAACGUCGAGAUAUUGUUAAGGAGAAGCAAGCUGCAAAGGUUGCUAAGGCACUUAAUACUGGAGAGUUAUCUAGUGGGCAAGGCUUAAAUCAAGAAACUAAUCUUAAACGUGCUAGUGAGACACGUUGGGGUUCACACUAUGGUACUUUAGUCUGCUUGGCUAGUAUGUUUUCAACAGUGAUUGAUGUGCUUGAAAUGAUUUUGGAGGAUGGUUCAAAUUCAGAACAACGAGCAGAAGCAAAUGUAUUGUUGGACUUAAUUCAAUCAUUUGAGUUUGUAUUCAACCUUCAUUUGACGAAAACGAUAUUGGCUAUUACAAGUGAGUUAUCGCAAGCACUACAAAGGAAAGAUCAAGAUAUUGUUAAUGCUAUGAAUUUACAUGAAAUUGAUGUUCCCCAAAUGGAUGAUAUGUUUGUAGCUCGAGGGAGAAAAAGGCGAAAUGCUAAAGAAAUUACAAACUUACAUCAUUAUCGCGCUGAGUUAUUCUACACUGUUUUGGAUAUGCAUAUUCAAGAACUAAAUGCUCGUUUCAUUGAGUCGAACACUGAAUUGUUACUCUUGGAGCUCAUGGUACUUAAUGAUCAACUUGAUACAUAUAUUAUCGACAUGUUAUCCAGUAAUGAGUUCUCAAUAUUGAAUGGAAUUGCCGAUCUUGCUAAGAAAAUGGUGGAGACUGGAAGAGACAAAGUAUAUCCAUUGGUGUGUUUGCUAUUGACUUUAGCAUUAAUAUUGCCUAUUACAACUGCUACUGUUGAGAGGGUAUUUUCAGCUAUGAAUAGUGCGAAGAAUCGAUUGCAGAACCAAAUGGGUGAUUAA